AUGGGGACAAAACCAGACGAAGAUGAGCCUACCGAUCUAGCACGUAUGUGGGACGAUGCUAGUAUACAGUACUACAAUACCACCGAGAUGAGAGCAAUAGAUCUCAAACACUUCAAGAACGCAGAUGAAAUAUUGGCAGACAGAGACAUCCAAAAGAAUUUCCUGAAGUGGAGAGAGUACGGAGGACCCGUCGCCGGAGAUAAAGUGAAAAAGAUGAGACGCCUCAUCGUUGAAAAUUCCACGUACAUUCUCAAAGGGGCAGAGUUACUCGCGAAUUCAGCAUCUGCAGCUUUUCCGCCUAGCUCAGCCAUUCUCACGGCGCUGACCUGGGUCAUGAAAGCCUCUGGGGGUGUUUCGAAAGACUAUGACCAGAUACAAGCUUUCGUCGAGGAGCUGAACGAAUUCUUGCAACGAUUAAGCAUGAUUGAGAAGACUGUACCCAAGUCUACAGGUUACAGGCUGCACUUGAUGAACGUGUUCGUUGUGAUCAUGAAGAUCCUUGGUCUUGCUACCAAAGCCACAAAAGAAGGUAGACUCAAGAGGUUUGGAAAGACGAUUCUACGGGGCGGCGGUGACGAUGCCUCAGCGGGUGCAUAUUCGAGCCUAGUGACGGCCUUUGCCCGCCUGGAAUCUGCAACGAAUUUCGCAAAUCUUGCUGUUGGAUAUGCGAACCUUGAAAACACCAAUCAGAUCAAGCAAGCCGCCUGGGAUCUGAACGCAGGGCAACAAGAUGUCAGCGAAAGAGUUACAGUGCUAUAUGAACUCAACCAGACGAUGUUGGCAAAGGUUGAUUCUUUCAUCCUUGCGCAAAACAAAGCAACGAAAGAGUUGGUAGGAGAAGCUCAGCCAGCAGGAGUUGGGGAAAGUAGGCAGUCAACUCUGUCCACGGUUAAGGCAGCCCUUUCUACCAAAGAUGAUCCGAGUAUCAUAGAUCGCGACAUUGAAUACUCUUUUGUUGAAGGAACAACGUCCUGGAUGUUUCAACGGGAAGAAUACACUUCGUGGAGAGAAGAAUCGUCGACGCGCCCGCUGCUCUGGAUUACUGGAGACCCUGGCACUGGAAAGUCGUGUAUCGCAUACUCAGCCACGAAAGAACUUGCGAUAUCCACCGCUAGUGAAUCAAGAACUUUCGUCGCACAUUUUUACUGGCGAGAAGGUUCGAAGGAAAUGGAUCCCUUGACAAGCGCAAUGAAAUCAAUUGUCGCUCAGAUCGCAUCUCAAGACUCCGCUUACUGUAACGAAGUUGCAACGCAAUUAGCCUGUGCUGGCUCUACAUUCUCCCAGGAAAAGGGAGCGCGUUAUUUCUGGAAGAGAUGUAUCACAUCAAGAUUCUCCGUGGACACCAAGGCUCGUCUUUACCUCGUUCUGGAUGGGCUGGACGAGGUCAAUGAAAUUGUAAAUGCCGAGAGCUUGUUUCGUAAAGAACUGCUAGUUAUGCUCAAGGAGGUUGUUAAGCACAAACUAUCGAUUCGCGUCAUGUUACUAAGCCGACCAAGCUGGAAACCAUAUCUGGAAACCUUUGGUCAGGAACUCUCCGCAAUCACGGUAACAAAGGAAGUGGUACUGAUUGACAUGCGCAUCGUUAUUGAUACACAACUCAACACGCGUUCGCGUCUCCACAAGGCCCGUAUACCGAUGAAGAAGAUUAUAAGGUCAACCCUACUUCAGAAAGCUGACUGCAUGUUGUAUGUCGAGCAUAUGCUCAGGCGUCUCAACAAAAGACAAGACGAGAAAACAAUCCUGGAAGAGUUACGAAAUGCGCCAUCGAACCUGACCAGCCUAUUGGACUCUAUAGGAAUGGAAAUUCAAAGCAGGCGAACGGAAGCACAACUGUUUGCUAUCCAAAACGUCUAUGCCUGGCUGGCGUUCUCAUGCCGUCCGCUGACUGUAGGAGAAAUCAACGAAGUAGCAAGGACGUGCGGCCACUAUCAAGCGUUCAAUAUUGCCGACGAAGUCUUGACUAGAUCCGUCGGCUUUUUGAACAUCGUCGGAGUCGCCGAAGUCAACGAAGACGAUGAACAAGAUGGACCCGUGACUGAAAAUGAGGCGGUACCAGAUGUUAGUGGCAUUGAUGUAUUCCAACCUUACGACGGAGAUGCUUCGCUCGUAAAGGUAUUGAAUCGGCCAUUGAAGGACUAUUUGCGUACAAAUGACACCGAAUCACCAAAUCUACGCAUCUCAACUCAGCGUUGCCAUAUCACGAUCUUUGAGCUCUCAGUCAAAUUGAUUUGCUCACUUGAUCCGCGAUCAGCGAAAGAAGGCGGUUCUACACUGAACAGAUACGCCGCAACGUACUGGGGAAAACACUUCCGACAGAUCGAAUUGCAGAAGACGUCUGAUCAAGAAGUUGCGUCAAUCAUGCAGAUGAUGAGAUGCAUAUUGACGAACUACAACGAUGCUGCCAAAUUCAUAGAGGCGCAUUGCGAUACCGACGAUGAUACAAAUUUCUACUAUGAGAGUUUAGGCGAAACGAAGCGGGUGGGAAAUGAGUUCAUGAACUCAUUGGCGCUCUGGAUGGAACGUGCGUCGGCGAUAUCUCCUGACGUUGUUGAUGAAGCCACACUGCAGUGGAUUCGCAAGUCAAGGCACGAGUCACUCAAGCUUAUGACGCCACUGGUGAAGGGCCAUAUUGUGAACUGGUUAGGGGAAUCGAAAGAAGAGAGCAAUUCUUACGAGUUUUUGGUGGACCUUUUGAACCUCACAGAUCUAGGACCUGCGGAGUGUCCCUGGCGCACAGGAAGCGACGAUCUCGAUUUCAUCAAAGCGGUUGCCUUGAUAUUCGAUGAUAUCCAUCUGAAUUCGACCGCCCUGAGAGCUAUCGGAAACCUUUUGGCCGAACAUGAGCACAUUGCCCCGGCCUUGGAAUAUUAUCAACUAAGCCUGAACUUGGCAGAAAACGAGGUCGACAAAAUGAAGACGCGUUUGAAAUUUUCGGAUUUGCUGAUCAAGAAUCUAGUCGACGGCACAUGGGGAGUGGUCGAACAGGAUCAAGCUCAGCAAGCUCAGCAAGCCCAGCCUGAGAAAUUGUACGUCAUUCCCAAACCCGAACCGGAUGUCAAGCGGCAUGACGAAGGAGAUGGCGUGGACAGUAUGGACGAGGCAAACUACGUCGAACGAUUCAGAAAUCCAUACGAGUUGCUGCAAGCGACCACAUCUACAAAUCCUCCAACAAGCGAUCAAGCUCUCCUCAAACUCUAUCAAGAUUCAUUGAUCAAUCAAUCGUAUUGCGAGAUGAGGCUGGGUCUGUUUGAGAAAGCAUAUGCAUCAUUCGAGAGAGCCCGAUCAAUUCUACCUGACGAGUUACUAGACGGCGAGAGCCUUGCGAUCCUCCCAAGUAUUCUCACCGUAAAACAAGACAAAUUUCAAGAGGUGGUAGAGAAGCUUCAUGGCUGGAACGUUCUUGAACUGAUAGCGUGGCUCAGUCAGGAAUACGAAGUGCCAGGCAAAUUCGCAGAAGAUCCUAACACUACCUUUUGUAGAGCUGGUCACCGGGCUGGAAAUGAUGAGUUUGUUACUAAGGCGUAUGAAGAGAUCAUUUGUUUCAUGGACCAGGGAAAAAUGAUUGGUGUGCGGGGAAUGAGAUAUCGCCUGGCUCAAUUUCAUAUCAACGUUUCACGGGACCUUGAGAAGGCCAAAAGACUGCUUUACCAGAUCCUAGGAAGCCACAAUAAACGAGAUGAAUAUGGUCUCAUGGCAGAAGAGGAGCUCCCGACUCUCGCUCGAAAAGUAUUAGCAGAGAUCCUUUAUGAACAGUUCCGCUCAACCGCCAAACCCGUUGGAAAGGCAGGAUUCGUGGAAGAGAUGAGCCGGUUACAAGAUCAACGACUCAAACACGCUCGCAUAGUAGAAGCAUACGAAUAUCUAACAACAACCAUCUACGCAAGCAUGCUUCGAAAAAUGGGCUCUACCAUAACAUUCCAGGAGGUUCUGAAUGAUACAUUCGACUUCUGUAUUGCCUCGUUGACGGAUGCUGAAGGCUGGAAUGAUGAUAUCUGCCUACGGUUGUUGGCAAAGGUCUUAGCCUUAGUCGGUGGCCUCGAAAGAGAAGCUCAGAUUGCCUUUUCGUUGCAGUACUCAACCCUUGAUCCAAAGGUGAAGUUGGAGGAAGACCCCUUUGAAAGCUCUGACUCAUCAGAUGAUGAAAAUGAUGAAGAUGAAGAUGGUAUCCCACAGGAAGAUGAGCAGAAAAGCGCUGAAGCCUCGACCGUAGCGGAGAGCGACAGCGAUGACGAAGAUAGCGAAGUGAUAAAGGAUGAUGACUGGGGCGACCUCUCUGGAGUUGAACUCUCAUGCUGUGGCGAACAACAUAUGGACAACCCUGUCGCUGUUGGUUGGGACGACGGGCCGAUGUAUCUCUGCAUCCUUUGCGCAGAAACGCAGCUUUGCCAAGGAUGCUUCGACAAGGUUCGCCAAUACUCCCGGUCCGAUAAAUGGUCAUAUUGGAAAACAUAUUGUGGUCGAGAUCACAAAUAUAUAGAGGGCCCUAUAGAUGGUUGGAAGGGGGUCAGAGAUGGGGUGAUGGUAAUUGGGGAAGUUGAACAGAAUGUAGCAGAUUGGAUCCAACAGUUGAAGGAGGUUAAGUGGCCGGGAGCAUGGGAGACGUUUUGGGUAAGACAGGAUGGUGUUGUGGAUAUUUUGGGGAAAUGA